CCCAAACCCGCCCCAUAUCAGGCCCGUUUCAGUUGCAUGCUGCACGUCCAGACCCGGUCAGUUCAAACCCUCUGGACUCCGGUGAGCCCGACCACCAUCUAUCAGAUGCAAGCUGAGGCCAUCGCCGCGGAGUGCGUCUCCUUCAACUUCCCGAUGGCUGAUGGAAAUGAUGAAAGCGCUAUGGAAGUUGCUUACCAGACAGACACAAAUACAGACGAGAAACAAAAGCGGGAGGGGAAGUCGAGAUCAGUUGUCUGGCAGCAUUUCACGAAGCUCAUGAAGGAGGACGGGACAUAUGAGAAAUGCAAGUGCAGCCACUGUAACAAGGUUUUUGCUUGCUCAAGCAGGUCUGGGACCACCAAUUUAUUACGCCACCUAACUGAGGGUGGCUGCCCGGUCGUGAAGCUCGACAAAAAGGGUUGCUCAGAGCGGAAGGCGGUUUCUUUACCAUGGAAGUAUGAUCAUCAAGCACCCAUUGAACAGUCAGUUGAUACGCAUGAGGAGGUAUUGCCCGUGGGGAUGCCUUAUGUUUGCUCAAAUGGUGAAUUUGUGGGCCCUUCUUAUGGUAAAAGUCCCAAGACACCAUCUGGGAAGUCUCAAACUAGUGGAGGAGAUGCAUGGAUGAAUGAGUUGAAGGCUUGUUUAAGUAGCAUCAGUAAACUCAUUAAUGAGCAUCUUCCAAAAGGUACGUGCUUAAAGACUUCACUGGACAUAGGUGGUCCUGACACUUCGAUAUUUACUGCCAUAAAGUGUUUGAAUGAGAUGGAAGACAUCCCCCAAUCAAGCGCCAUGUAUCUAGAUGCCCUUGACAUCCUAAGGGAUCCUGAAGAAAGGGAAUGUUUUGUCUGUUUGAACCCGGAGCCACGUAGAAGAUGGCUUCAGAGGAUGUUGCAUCGCUAUCAUCCCUUAAACUAUAAUGAUCACAUUUGAUGAUGUAUAUAUCAAAUGUGUAAAACCUGACAAACCGGGGACUGCAUAGCUCUUGGAAGGUUGUGAAGUCUUGCUUCUACGGGUUAAGACUUAUGAAUAUCGUCCAAAAAAAUAAAACAGGCAAUCCCUUUGAACAGAUUUCUUUCCCUCACCAGUUCUUGAACUGUUCCUCACCAUGACUAGUUAACAUAUAUGAGUAUUAGCUUAACAAUGCAAAACUGGUGAAUCUCAUGGAUAUGCUAAUAUUUGACGGCUUAGUGCUCUGUAGCAGAAUAGCAAACCAAAUGUUAUUGGAAAUGUGAAGAAGUGUUUGCUCUUCAUAAUUUGCUCGCCC